AGUCUCAUUCUCUAUUUUUCUUCCAACACUUUGAUUCUUUCUUCUUUCCUCUCAUUCAUUCCACCACUCAUCCUCUCAUUUUCUCUCUCCUCUUCGCCCCGUGUCCUUAAUUUAAAGAUAUUCUUUCUCUCUCUCCAUAUCAAAUACUUCGCUCAUAUCGUUCCAAUCUCCAAAACCCACCAUAUAUUCUCAUUUCCCCCAAUAUCAAAAACUCUCUCUCACUUCGCUCAAAUCUUCAUCUUCUUUACCCCCAUAUAAUAUAUAUUCCUUCUUCUACAUCUAUUACUUUUCGAUCAUAUUAUAAACAACUACAACCAUGGAGGAAUUAAAGCGAAACUGCGAGCUUUGCAAUGGUGAAGCGUCGCUUUACUGUCCAUCUGAUAACGCUUUUCUAUGCCACACAUGCGAUUCAAAGGUUCACUGUGCUAAUUUCCUCGUCGCUCGACAUGUUCGCUCUUUGAUUUGCCCUAAUUGUCGCAAAAUCGACGGAAAUCAAUUCUCUGGUGCCGGAGUUCCUCCUCCGGCGACGUUGUUUUGCCGCGAUUGUUCUCCUCCGGAGGAAAUAGAAGAUUCCGGCGAAGACGAUUCUCUCUCCUCAUGCUCUUCCUGCAUUUCGAGCACCGGAGAAGCGGCUGAGGAGGUGGAAACGACGUCGUUGAGGAAGAGGAGAGAGAAAGUUGACGGUCAAAGGAGGGAGAAAGGUACGGUGGUGGUUGAUUUGAAGGUGGAGGGUGUUUUGGUAAAUUGGUGUAAGAGGAUGGAGGUGGUUCAAGAAAGAGAUAUUGGACAGGUUGUUAACAUGGCGGUUGAGUUGUUAAGUGGUUGUUUGGAUAGAAUUACGGUUUUACCCUUCCGUGUUCUCCUAGCGACGUCGUUUUGGGUGGCGGUUAGGUUUUGUCUCCGUGGUAGUGGUGGAGGUGGGACCCAGUCUGCGUCCACGUGUCAAGAUCUUAGGAGGGUGGAGCAGAUCUCGGGUGUGCCAGCUAAGCUGAUCUUGGCAACCGAAGCAAAACUAGCGCGUGUUAUUAAACGCAGAAGAUCACGUGAGGAUCACGAGGAAGGUUGGGCUGAGUGCUAAUUGUAAUUUCACACCCUCUCAAACAAAAAAAAAAAAAAAAAAGGUGAAAGUUAGUAUUAUUCCACUCCUAGUAAAAAAAAAAAAAAAGAUGAUUAGGAUUAUUGGGAUUUGUAUGUGGUUUACAUUACAAAUUUCAGUUAAGAGUUAAAUACAUUGUGGAAUGGUAAAUUUGAUAGGUUUAAGAACUUAGAUGCCUUAUUUUGUUGCUUUAUUUGUUAUUUGGAAAUGUAUCUAUGAACUAGAAAAGAUCAUGAUAAUUUUGAGAUCA